AUGGUCAGCACCAAGGACGCCGAGCCCGACGACGCUGCUGCCAAGAAGUCGCCGCAAGCUUCUGUCCCUGCUCCUGCGGCCGCCCAGCUUGAAACCGACGAUUUUGGCCUGCCCAUUCGACGUUAUGCAACCCCGACUGCCGAUGCGGCACUGCCCAAGUCUGGCGUGGGGCCCAGCGACGUGGCGGCGACUUCGAAAACAACAGAGCAAGUGAAUUAUAAGUCAGACGAUUCAGACUCACCAAUUACUCAUCCCGAACCGAAGGAUCAAAAGCCGCCCUCUUCACCUGCGGGCUCAAAAAGCUGCAAUCCAGAAGCAAAGAGCGAUAGCGAGAGCGACGAUGCCCCCUUUGUGGAUGCACCGAACGCAAUGCCCGCAAAUUCGUCUACCGCUGCGCCUGCUUCCAAGUCUGAAGUGUUGACAUCGGAAGCACAGGCCUCGAGUCUGAACUCAGAAAAAGAAGGCGAAGAAAAGGAACGUGUCGCGACUUCGAUACCUGCUGCGAGUCCGGACGCGAUGGCUACUGCACGCGGUCCGCCAACCCCAAAUCCGCAAUCCGAAAAGGCCGACCCUGUUGCCAAUGGCACAAAGACCCCUGUGCAAGAUGAGAAACAGCCCGAAGUCACUGCGACUUGCUCGAAGCCGACUGACAAGAAGCCCAAGGUUUCGCAUGUCCGCGAUGCCAGUGUGGCUAGCAUUGGUGGUGGCCCUCACCCUGGCCUCUCGGAAUUCUCGCAUCAGCAACUUUCCAUGCAACAUGAAGAGAAAAAGGAUGACGAUGAUGGUGGUUGGCAGACCAUGCCAGCGUUCGCUCCGUACGACAUUUAUGAUGACGACAAUCGCUUGAUUGCGCGAGAGCACCAUGAGGAAGACGACGAAAAAUAUGGUUACAGCGGCCUCGGAGGAGCUGGAAAGGGGUACACCCGUGUUAUAAUGGACGAGGAUGCCGAGUCUGCUACUAGCUUGGACGACAACACACAGUAUCUUUUCCAGGAGUCACGGAAAGGCACGGGUCUUGCCGACGACGAGGGUCGUGAUGCGGUCUCUCAAAUGCAAGCUACAAAGGACCUUUUGACCGAGGGCCAGAGAAUAGCUUAUGUCGGGGUAGUGCGCCUGGAGAUGGCCAAAAUGGUCAAGGAGGGAGAAGAACUGGAGGUCACCAAGAAAACGAAAAAGAUGGUCAAUAUAAGUGCCGAAUCCCAGAAGAUGUGGGGUCAGAAGAUGAUGAUUCGCCUCUACUCUCACAUGGAUAUCAGCGAAGCAGAACAAGUCAUGAUCGAGCAACUUGCUGAGCAUGGCGUUGUGCCCAAGGACCUGACUCCAGCGCUUCAUGCCAACUCUAGAGUCCAUAAUCCCAUGGCCCAGGAUCGCACAUCAGUCGACGAAGGCACCAGCUCAUGUUCCGUGUCCUCUGGACCCGCGACUCCCAAUGACGAAAAGCCGGCCGAAAUGCCGCCACCGUAUGAAAGCAUCGACCAUAGCGAGGUGCCUGACGUCCAGACACCCUCUCAACUCCCAACCACCGAUAAAAUAGACAUCGAUUUACGUUGGACCGUUCUGUGCGAUUUGUUUCUCAUCUUGAUUGCUGAUUCUAUAUACGACGCCCGCUCCCGGGUGCUUCUGGAGCGUGUGGCCGACAGUCUGGAAAUUUCAUGGAUCGAUAUAUGCAAAUUCGAGAAGAGGGUCACCGACGCUCUGGAAAUGCAACAAGCUGCUGAAAAAGAGAACUGGAACGAAGAGGCGCACAUGGAGUCUCGGAGAAAACAGGCGCAAAAGAGGAGAUAUAUGAUGAUGGGCCUCGCAACCGUGGGAGGUGGGUUGGUUAUUGGAUUGUCAGCUGGGCUACUCGCGCCUGUCAUUGGAGCCGGUCUUGCUGCUGGCUUCACCACCAUUGGCGUCACCGGCACGAGUAGUUUUCUGGCUGGAGCAGGUGGUGCUGCCAUUAUUACUUCAUCAGCAGCUGCUUCGGGUAGUCUGAUUGGCGGUCGAGCUGCCAAUCGACGAACAGGUGCGGUAAAGACGUUCGAAUACCGGCCGCUGCACAACAACAAGCGAGUCAAUCUCAUCGUGACGGUAUCGGGCUGGCUGACGGGAAAAGUGGAUGACGUUCGUUUGCCCUUCAGCACAGUGGAUUCUGUCAUGGGAGACAUAUAUUCCGUGUUGUGGGAGCCAGAAAUGCUGCGAAGUAUGGGCGACACCAUUAAUAUUUUAGCUACAGAGGCACUCACCCAAGGUUUGCAGCAGAUUCUGGGUAGCACCAUUCUCAUGAGUUUGAUGGCCGCCUUGCAACUGCCUAUUGUUUUGACAAAGUUGUCAUACCUGAUCGACAACCCCUGGGCCGUCUCGCUUGACAGGGCCACGGCCGCAGGCCUGAUUCUGGCCGACUCCCUCAUGGAUCGCAGUCUGGGAACGCGACCAAUUACUCUUGUUGGAUACUCUAUAGGCGCGAGAGUCAUCUUCUCGUGCCUGCAGGAACUUGCCAAGCGUGGCGCGUACGGGCUGAUACAAAACGUUUACCUCUUUGGUUCACCGGUUGUUGUCAAGCAAGAUGAAUUCCUCCGAGCAAGGACUGUUGUAUCGGGACGUUUUGUUAAUGCCUAUAAUCGCAACGACUGGAUCCUUGGAUAUCUUUUCCGGUUAACUAAUGGCGGCAUUCGCCGAGUCGCCGGACUGGCUCCGGUUGAGGCGCCUUGGGUGGAGAACAUGGAUGUUACGGAGGAGGUACCGGGCCAUAUGCAAUAUCGAACCGCGAUGCCUUCCCUCUUGAUAAAAUGUGGUUGGAUAGUAGAAAGCGAAGAAUUUACCGAAAUAGAGGAUCCCGAUCCCGAUAAUCACGAGGAGCGACAGCGAGAACUUAUCAGCGAAAUCGAAGAAGCUCGGAAGGAGCUAGAAAGGGAGGGCAAGGCCAAAAAGAGCGGUGGUUUCAGUCUCUUUGGACGGCGCAAGAAGGCUGAUCGCCAGGAGUGGGAAGUGUACGAGGAGUCUGCUGCCAAGGGGGGCAAGGGAGACAGUAAUGGCGGCAAGGUAGAGGAUCAGAUUGGCAACAAUCACGGCGUUCUUUUCGAUGUUGAUGCUAUCCGGGCGGAAUUAGCCAAGGAAGCGCACGGAGAUUCAGACAUGGAAAUGGCUCUUCAAGUCAAGGAGAUUGAGUCGACCCUACCGCCCAUGAAGCUUGACAUUCCGCCGACCAGGCGAUCUCUCUCAUCCCCAAUAGCAGAUGCGCGAGGCUCUCUGCGGGAGACCAAGAGCGCUGACAUUCUCACGGUUGGGGGCAUGGGCUUUGGGAGCACCAAUAGAUCUCGGGAGCCAUCCCCGUAUCACACGGAUGCGCAUGAGGAAGAAGUUCAAAUGACGUUUGACACGUCAUUCAACGACUCGGCACAAGUACAUGCGCAUGCUGCCCCGUCAGCCAAGGGCGAGAGCAGCCUCGGCAGUCUCGGCCGUCCGGGAAUGGAGAGUUCACAAACAUUGCCGAAUAUGCCUAUUUCGGACCCAUGGGCUGACGCGGAGGACGAGGACUUUGGGAAAGAGAAGGAGAUUUCGAUGACUUUUGCAUAA